AUGAAAAUAAGUUAUAUUUUCGCCCUUUUAGUUGUUACUCGUUUAUACACUAUUACUGCCCUACCUCAUAAGCGGCGAGUUGCUUAUGAGUUCACACUUACAAGUGUAGAUGGUGAUAGGGGUUAUACUUUUCCUAUUUCAUUCGAAGGACAAAUUUUCAAUGUUCUUUUAGAUACUGGUUCUUCAGAUCUCUGGGUUUCCGAUAUAAGUUGUUCCGGCUGCGGGAACAUGAGAAAAUAUGAUCCAAAACGAGACGGUAGCUUUAGAACAAAUAACAAACCAUUCGAUAUAAGUUAUGGCAAAGGCCACGUUCAGGGUUAUAUUAGCUCCGCUGACCUCAGUUUGAAUGGUGCACUCAUCCCACAACAAGUUUUUGGUCUCGCCACGAAGGCGGUUGACUUUCAAGAUAGACCAUUCGAUGGCAUCAUGGGUUUCAAUUUCUACUUUCCAACCCCUUUAGGAGGUCAAUCAGCGUUCAUGUAUAUGGUCGAUAAUGGCAUGAUUCCAGAUCCGCGUUUUGGCGUCUACCUUGGUCGUGAAAGUGAAGGUACUGGUAAUGCAGGUCGAUUACAUAUUGGAGAUAUUGAUCGCACUAGAUUUAUUCCUCCAAUUAAUUUUCAUAAAGUCGGGGUUAAUGAUCAUAGAUGGACAAUAUUAUUGCGUAGUAUUAUGGUAAAUAGACAAACUUACCCAGCCUUUAGACGACUUCCCUGUUUGAUCGAUACCGGCGCCAGUAUUCUGAAGAUACCAAAUUCCGACGUUGAUGGCAUCGCAGACUUGAUCCCUGACUCAGUUGUUACUACCAGAAACCGACUAUUGGUCCCAUGCGAUUCGACACCAAGCUUCACCAUCACUUUUGACGCCGUUAGUUAUACAAUUCCAUAUAAAGACAUAAUAACAGAUAGGUACGAUGACAAACUUUGUUAUACGAACAUUGUUGGCCGUCCUGAAAGACGCUGUACUAUCGGUACUCCUUUCCUCAAAAAUGUCUACUCUGUUUUCGAAGCGACACCUUCAGGAAACUAUAUUGGUUUCGGCUUGCUUGCUCCGGGAUUUUAA